GUACAAUCAGAGGGGCAGCUACCCGGUUGUACGUAAAUACGUAAAUCAAUAUGUAAAUGAUGACGUAGUUGCUGCUGUUUAGCAAGAGCAUGCCACACGACGAUCGAAUGUGUAAACAGGUAGACAGGGAAACAGCAGCUUCCCUGUAGCGUAUUUGAAGCUUCGAUAGCCUAGAGCUACUUCUUAAUCUUUUCCUUUGUUACUCCAUUCAUUCAAACAUCUCUUAACAACAUUAAGAAACCAUCGACUUGAUACCCACGACUUACAUAUCUAUCUCCUCCAACUUCACGUCUAACAUCACCACCACUCACCUCAAGUAAAUCCCAACACAAAUCGCCCAAUAUGACUAAGGGAGAAGCCACUCAAAUCAAGAUCCACUACAAGGGCCAGGAAGACGACUUCAUCAUCUUCGUCGACGACAGAGAGGCCUACAAAAAGUGGCAGAACGACAAGUCCGUUCCCAUGGCUCACUUCAUCUCCACCUUCAAGGUCUUCGUGACACACAAGCAAGGAGCUCAGGGUCAGAUGGACGGAGCAUCCCAGAGCCUACUCGAGAACGAGUUUGGUACCUCUAACGAGGAGGAGGUCAUCAAGAAGAUACUAGAGUCUGGCAUAAUUCAGGAGUCUGACUUCGCCGAUCGCCAAGGACACAAGAAUGACACCAAGACAAUCGUCAUUGUCCCCGGUCAGGUUACCAGAUAAGAGCCUCGAUUCAACUCACCGGCAGCGCCCGGUACAACCUGGUGCGCUGUUCUAUUGCACGGCGUCAAGCUAUCGAUUGAGAGAGCAACGCUCAGGUGAGUUGGGUGUAUCAUUGGCUAAGUGUUACAAUGAUUUACCAACCAACGCGGAUUUCGAAUGUAAUACUCGUGGGACAGCUAUCAUCUACUAGCUAACGAGGAAUAUUAUUGCGAUGGAUCUGCAAGAUAGUCGUAGGUAGCGACAUAUGAAUAUCAAUGAAAGAAGUUAAAAUCG